AUGGCACCCAAAAUCCGAUCCGCAGGCCCUAUAACUCCUCAAAAACCGAAAUCAAGUCAUACUGUUUAUACUACACGCCAUAGAAUUAGGUUUUUUGAUGCAUGGGAUACACGCGCGCCUGGCCUAAGUUUACGUCAGUUUUGUCAGGACCGCGACCCCGAUUUUGGAACAGCCUCUCGAUGGCUCCGCCAACGUAAUACCUUUGGCUCUCCUGCCUAUCGUCGUACACGCAGGCUAUCAAAUAAGCUAGGUCGCCCUCCAAUUGUCUCGAAAGAACAGUGCCAGAUGCUUGUUUCGCCGUUGAGAAACCCAGUGCGUGACCAGGCAUAUAAGGCUCAAAUUGAAUUCCACAAAUUGGGAUGUAAGAAGCGCUCACUUCAAGCCAGGCUUAAGGCAUGUACAAAAGGAGGUCAGCGCUAUAAGCAGGCAUAUAUUAAGAAGGAGAUUUCACGUCAAAACAAGAGAAAGCGGCAAUAUAUCUUCUUCUCUGACGAAGCGCACUUAGAUACUUCUUCCCAGGCCCAGGGCUAUAUUCUACGAGAGCAAGGAACACGUACGGAUGCUGAGAAUAUACAGGAAAGGGGAGAGAGGACCGGGGUGAAGCUGCAUGUCUUUGCUUGGGUUAAUUGGUGGGGCAAAUCUAAGCUUUACUUCUACCACGACGAGGAAGAGUAUAUUGAGCGUCCUCCUCGACCGCCAAAGCCUCGUACAAGGAAGUACGAGACUACUGACGAGUUUGAAGCACGGCUGAGAGAGUGGGAGGCUAGCCUGCCCCAGGAGCAGGUUGUUAAGCCAAAAGGGAACGCAAUGACUCAAAAAUACUACACUGAAACCCUCCUUCCAGUCCAUGCCAAAGCACUGCACCAAGCUCGUCUUGUACGGCCAAAUGGAGAGCUAAAACGGUGGCUUUUUCAAGAGGAUGGGGAUCCAUCCCAUGGGAAGAAGAAAAGAGGCAUGGCACAGGUCUAUUUAGACUCCAAUUGGAUCCCUACCCUUGUUCAUCCACCGCAAUCACCCGAUCUAAAUCCCACAGAAGAAGUAAGGAAUAUUCUAAAGCAACGAGUGCGGAGGAGGACGUGGAGAAAUAUUGAGGAGUAUAAGGCAGUCUGUCAGGAUGAAUGGGACAAGAUUACAUUGGAAGAGGUCCGUGCACGCAUUAUAGAAAUGCUAGAUCGAUGCAAAAGUCUAGUAAAAACAGGUGGCGCAGCCAUUAAAAGUGAUUUGUGGUGA